GGAACAUUGGGCCUAUUCCAAACCAGGCCCGAGAGCGAUAAUAAAAGCCCAAACCCAUUGAGAAGUCAGUAUAGAAUUUCGGACCCAUCGAUCGAUGGAUCUAUAGAGAGAGAAUCUGAUUGAUCCGUUUUAGCUUGUCUGGUUCACUCAUCGGCUCCACCAAAGGCCACCGCCGUCCGCCGUACGCCGUCGCCGUCAUUAAACGCUUACCUCCACCGCCGUGCCGUCCAGCUACCGAUUCGCUGAUCUUCUUCUUCUUCUCUCUGCUAAACGCAUGGAGCAAUUCUGGAGUGGGAGUGGUAUCAGAACGAACAAAGAAAUGGUGGAGCAGUUGCUGGGCCAUGGAGUGAUAAAUUCGGAGAAAGUGGCAGAGGUAAUGAGAACAAUCGACAGGGGUUUGUUCAUGCCAGAUGGCGCGCCUCCAUACGCCGACAGCCCUAUGCUCAUUGGCUACAAUGCCACAAUAUCUGCACCUCACAUGCACGCAACUUGCCUUGAAUUGCUCGAGAACCAUUUGAAACCUGGCAUGUGUGCCCUGGAUGUUGGUUCUGGAACAGGAUAUUUGACUGCUUGCUUUGCUAUUAUGGUCGGACCACAGGGAUGCGUGGUUGGCGUAGAGCAUAUUCCUGAGUUGGCUGAAUCAUCGGUUAAGAAUAUCGAAAAGAGCGAAGCAGCCACAUUGUUGAGAGAAGGGCUGCUCUCAAUCCAUGCUGUUGAUGGCCGGCAAGGGUGGCCGGAGGCCUCGCCUUACGAUGCCAUUCAUGUUGGAGCAGCUUCUCCGGAGAUUCCUCCGACGCUCAUUGACCAAUUGAAGCCGGGCGGCAGAUUAGUGAUUCCGGUUGGGAAAAGCUCUCAGGACUUGAAAGUGGUGGACAAAAAUGCCGAUGGCACAAUUAGCGUAAGGACCGAAUUUUCUGUUCGUUAUGUCCCUCUCACGAGCCGCGAAGCUCAGUUGCGAGGGCAGUGAUGGACUUAACAAGUUGGUGCAUUUAUAUUGGUGAUUGGAUAUAUGGGAAUGAACAUAAAAUUUGAAUCUCUAUAUUUCUCAUUCCAUUUGUAGUGUAAAUGUUUGGUUCAAACUUCAAAGGGUAGCCAAUGGUGCAACUUCCCAGGGGUAUGAGAUACAUUAAUCUAAUUUGAAAUAGUGAAAUAUUAUUCAGAAUUGCAGUUUUUCACUUUGAGGUUAAAAUGUCA